GCUCGCGCGAUGGCAAUUGAAUUAUUUAAUUAAAACACAUGAAACAGCAAGUGCACAAGUACACAAUAAUAGCAGUGUGUAAUCGGUUUAUUAUUUAAAUCACUUCAUCAAUUGCUUUGAAGCUCACACAACGUGGCGUGGUGAGAACGUUGAAAAAAAGAGUAUGCGAAUUUCGGUGUUGCGUCAUUGUUGGUUAGUUUUCUUGCUUUCCUUUACAUUAUUUUGAUUCGCAAAACGGUAAAAACGUGCGUUGUGAACGGUCGAAUUUGUGCUGCACCUUUUGUUAUUGUUGUUUAAUUCAAAAAAGCUGAAAUCAAACGAGAUCCAUUUAAAUUUAAAAAUAUAUAAAUAUUAUACACUAUAUUAGUGGAAACUUUCGCGAAUGCUAUUUUUAUAAACAUUUGUGAAACAAAAGCAAAAAGCAAAAAAAAAAAACAACAAUGAAUUAAAAGGAAUUGGUGAAAUUGUUUACAACAAAAACACAUUCAUAAUAGUGUAUUGUAAAUAUUUAUACAAACACAACACCAUCAAGUGCCUAUUUGGAAGCCAAUGUCAACUUUGCCUGGCAUCAUAAAAUCAUCAUAGAGGCAGCCUAAUCAUCAGUCAGCAGCGAUGUCAUCAACAGCCACCAACAGCAACAACACGGAUCACAGCAAGCUGAGCGAUGUGGGACUGAUCGAGGUGCAGCUGGAUAGCUUGGAUUCCACGCACAAUUUCGCCACCUCGAAUGGCGGAACACCUCGGUCCAAAACGCAACCGGAUCAAAAGAAUGUCUUCAAAUCGAAGGUGUUCAUCAUUGCAGUGAGUUUCUCCUCGGUCCUCAUGAUUGCCAUGUGCAUUGGCUUUCUCGUCCACUACGAAUUCGCUGGCGAUGUCAGCGACAUGGAAACCGUUGCCUAUUGGCACGUCAAACUCCCGGAACAGCAACAAGUUUGGUACGAUCGGGGAAUCGAUGAACUGAGGCUCGCCUUAAAUCGUGAACUCAAUCGCCGACGGGCCAAGAAUGUUGUCCUCUUUGUCGGCGAUGGCAUGGGACCCAACACAGUGACCGCAGCUCGCAUCUAUCGCUACAAGGAGGAAGGUUUGCUCAGCUGGGAGCGUUUCCCGCACAUGGGACUCCUGAAGACGUAUUGUGCCGACAAACAGGUCCCCGAUAGCUUCUCCACAGCCACAGCGCUAUUUGGCGGCGUCAAGGUUAACUAUGAAACAGGCGGCGUCGAUGCAAAUGUUCCGCUUGCCAAUUGUACCGCCUCGCUCAACGAGAAGAAUCAUGUCCAGACGAUACUCAACUGGGCCCAAGUCGAUGGCAUGCGCACAGGAUUCGUGACCACAACUCGUGUCACGCACGCAACGCCAGCCGCUUUGUACGCUCACGUCGCCGAUCGUCGCUGGGAGAGCGAAGCGACAAUGCCAGCGGAGGCCCUGCAACAGGGUUGCCUGGACAUCGGCAGGCAGCUGGUGCAGCAUGCAACAGGGCGACAGAUCAAUGUCAUUAUGGGCGGCGGUCGUCAGAUGCUUGUCUCGAAUGUCACCGACUCGGCCAGCGAUCCGUUGGACACCUGGGCAGGUCACUCGACCGAUGGCCGUAAUCUCAUCAAGGACUGGACAGACUACAAAGCCGAUCAAGGCGUCUCCCAUGCUGUGGUCCAGAACAAUGGCGAGCUGCGGCAAUUGGAUGCCCAGAAUACGGACUAUGUGUUGGGGAUCUUUGCCAACGGUCAUCUGAAGUACGAUCAUGAGCGAGAUCAGAGCGAUGCUGGGAUGCCAUCGCUGAGCAACAUGACGAUCAGAGCAUUGGAGGUGUUGGGCAACAGUGACAAGGGAUAUUUGCUGGUGGUGGAGGCGGGAAUGAUCGAUCAGGCGCAUCAUCGUGGCAAUGCCCGCAAAGCACUGAGCGAGGUGAUUGCCCUCAACGAAGCUGUUCAAGCGGUUCAAGCGUAUCUCAAAAAGAAAGAUCAGCUAGAUGAGACGCUGCUGAUUGUGACCGCUGAUCAUGCGCACAGUUUGACCAUUAACGGGCAUCCGGAUCGGGGAGCAGAUAUUUUGGGCAUGGCGGGCACAUCGAAAACCGAGGGCACGCCGUAUACGACGCUCACGUAUGGCACCAGCUACGAGGGCUUCCAGGUGGAUGCCGAGCGAAUGCAGCGUAAAAAUCCAGCGCUUACCGAUACCACAGAUUGGGAGUACACGCAACAGGCGGCGAUCAACACCAAUGAGAAUCUUCAUGGCGGCUCUGAUGUGACGAUACAUGCUCGAGGUGCCAUGUCGUAUCUGUUUCAUGGCGUGCACGAGCAAAGUUAUGUGGCCCAUGUCAUUUCCUAUGCCCUGCGCAUUGGACGCUUCCGUGAUAGCACAAUUGCCGAAUCCCUGGCAGAGCUGAUGCCAUUGUAGCUUUAAAUCUCGCAUAAUGUUGCCUUGGAUUUAUAUAUAUACCUUUUUCAUCUUAUUUACAUAUUGUGAUAACUUAGUGGUUUUUUUUGUUUUCU